GCCUGGGACUUGGGGAAGCGGGUUCCCUGUCGCCACCCGUGCCACCCGUGCCACCUGUGCCACCCGUGCCACUCGUGCCACCCGUGCCACCCGCCCCCACCUCCCGUCCCCCGGAAGGCCCCGAGGAUGGCUCUGAUCUGCCGAGCGACGAGAGCGGCGUGCGGGAGAACGUCGUCGCCGCACAGCAGGCUGCUGCUCUCCACCUACGUCUCCAAAAUGCGGUACCUGUUUGACUUAAAAGAAGACGACCGCGCUUGCAGGCAAGCCCUGAACUCAGGAACCUUCUACCUCUUUCACAGCCUGACUCCUCUGCUGCUGAAAUCUGGGAAUAGGUUCGUGCCUCCACCGUUCACGCUCUCGGAGCUGGAAAGACUGCUGGGCAAGUUUGCACAAGACCCCCAGAGGAUCGAAGACUCGGUGCUGAUUGGCUGCUCAGACCAACAGGAGGCCCAGUUUGCACUGGAUCUGGGUUUGAGCGAAGGCUCUUUGGAGAGAUCUGCAGUCGAAACGGAACUCCAGGGCUCUUUCACGGAACUGCGGAAGGCCCUCUUCCAGCUGGAAGAGAAGGAUGUCACCUUGCUGUCUACGGCUUUGUCUCUCCUCCGCUGGCAUGACAACCAUCAGUUCUGUAGCAAAAGCGGGCAUCCCACCAAGAAGAACGUGGCUGGCAGCAAGCGGGUGUGCCCGUCCAACGGCAUUGUCUAUUACCCUCAGGUGUCACCCGUGGUCAUCACGCUGGUGUCGGACGGGGCCCGGUGCCUGCUCGUUCGCCAGAGCUCGUUCCCCAAGGGCCUGUACAGUGCUCUGGCAGGGUUCUGUGACGUGGGUGAGACGCUGGAGGAGACGGUCCGGCGGGAGGUGGCCGAGGAAGUGGGCUUGGAGGUCCAGAGCCUGCGCUACUCAGCGUCCCAGCACUGGCCCUUCCCCAACAGCUCCCUCAUGAUUGCCUGUCAUGUGACUGUAAAUCCGGGCCAGACUGAGGUACACGUGAACACGCACGAAUUGGAGGCAGCUCGUUGGUUCAGUCGGGAAGAGCUGACCGCAGCCCUGGGAAGGAAGCCCCCCACCGCCGGGGAGCGAGACGGCAGCAUCCCUCUCUGGGUGCCCCCCAAAACGGCUAUCGCCCACCGGCUGAUUUGCGAGUGGGUGCGGAAGCAGCACGCCUCUUCCAUUGCCGCUUAGCUUAGGUCAGCCACACGGGCCUCUCCUAGGCAUCCCUGGAAAGGUGGAGGGGGGAGAGAGAGAGUGACAGGAAGGGGGCCGGGACACCACCUCUCCCCAGAAUGGUCCAGAACGAUCCAGUGUGGCAGGGAAGAAAAACGGAGCCCUCCCACCUCCCCCACACCCUUCCCGAGACCUCUCAGCCAGCAGGAGUCAAGGAGAGAUGGACAGCGUGGGCUUAUCCCCCUUUGCCCCAUAGCUCAUCCCACUCCCCCACCCCCCAAUCCUGUUCCAACUAAAACCCUGAAACCGUCGUUCUGCUUUCGGGCCCUCUGAAUGUCAGUUCACCUGGAGCCUCAAAAUCUACUUCAGGUGCGAUGCGUAGUAAAACUCGUCUGGGGCAGUUCUCGUCAGAGCUUAUAAUUUACAGAUCCUUAAAAUUCCAAGCAAAUGUCAAAUGGUGCCAAUGAGAUUUUGAAUUGUACACUGAUCCGUUGAUGGUGUUAACGUACGGCCCCUCUGGGCAGAAGACUCUACUCAGUGCUUUGGAAAAUACAAUAGAAGACCCGAUCCUUGCCCACAGGGAGCUUACGAUCAGCACUUGAGAUUUUUUCCCAAAGCACUUUCACAUCAGUUACCUCAUUUCAUCCUCACAGCAUCCCUCAGGGAGAGGCGGAGAUCAGUGACCGUAUUUUAUAAAUCAGCGUGGCUCAGUGGAAAGAGCCCGGGCUUGGGAGUCGGAGGUCAUGGGUUCAAAUCGCGGCUCUGC